AUGCGGGCACAGAUGGUGCGCGACGGCUACGUCAAGCUGCCGCGGGCGGGCUGGGACGACGCGCCUAGCGACCCCGACAGGCUGGACGCGCUGGUGAGCAUCAUCGACCGGCUGGAGGCGGAGGGCCUUCCGCCGCAGUUCAUGCUCGUGUACGACGAGGUGUGGGAGGUCGUCAACGCGGUCGGCAGCGCGCUGCGCCCCGUCUACGGCCUCCAGAACGUGAUGGCCCUCCUCCGAACUUCUACGUGUUCAACGUCCGGCCCGGGAGGAGCGGCUGGCUGCUGCACCGCGACCGUCCCAGCGGCCGGCCCGGCUUCGCGGCGGACGGCCUGCCCGAAUACACGACGGUGUGGGUGGCCCUGA